AUGUCUGGUGCAUCUCUCGAAAGGCUUGAUGCUCAGCUCUUUACAGCCUUAAAUAGCGUCCUUGCAAGUCAUCCAGAAGAUGUGGAGCCGCUUUUGGCAAAGAUCGUGCCAUUGAGCAAACUUGGCCAACUACGGUUCAACCAACCUGCUAAUAUCUUACGAAGCUUUAUCUUUGGCGUUAGUUCUAUUACUGUGAACUUGGAGGUGUUGGUUCAAUUCGCUCAGCAGAUUACACUUCGGGAACUGGAAAGCGAGCUGCUUGAUACUGCUGAGCUUUCUGAUGAUGUGGAGAACUUGUUGCUGUGGACAGCCCAUGAGUACUCUAUCGAAUUGCCUGGCGAGGAAGACUCCAUUGAAACUGCCAGAGCUAUUGAGGCCGAUUACGCUCAGCGGAGUAAGCUGAUUGGAUAUACGUCGUGUGAAACGUACGCUAGCUUUAUUAUGGCUAAGAUCAUUCAGCUUUCACGCUACACUACGGAUCUCGAGCAGUAUGAUUUCCUUUUCAAGACUGUUCAGGGUGUAGAAGGUUUAGCGGCUUGGUACCAUGGUGUUGUUGUUCCAUACACCAACUUCAGACAUCAUUUUGGAACCGUGCUUGGUGCUGAAGUGCCAGCGUUUGAGUACCUCAGCCGUGAGACUUACAACGAGAAACUAGACUUUUUCCUUCAACCAUAUAAUGCUGCAGUCGACAAGGCACAUGUUGCUUUUAGUCCUCAGAAGUUGUUGACUAGUGUUCUUCUUCCUUUGGCUCUCUACUACGGUGGAGAUCUUUCACCACUUUUAGAUUGGACUUACACCGAUAAAAAGCAUCCUUCUUGGUUGUCUAGGUUGCUGACUUUUCAAAACACUACUGAGAGUGUCUUAAACUUCACUGAUUAUAAAGGGCAGAGCAUACCGAUUGAAUCGUUGACCGGUUUUGUAAGCAAUUACAUUGCCCUAGCAUACUAUUUUGCCUUUUACGGGGAAUCGUCAGUGUCUUCCGUCGAUGUGUCCAGAGCUUAUGACAUGAUUGAUAACUCUUUAACAUCUCUAAUAGAGCUGUUGGAUGUGACAAGCUCCGGUGGCUCCUUGCUUCCAGAGACUGUUGAUGUUGAUAACUUGCCUGAAUAUUCUAGUUUCUCGGAAUUCGUGUCAAGCGAAAGAAACCCAUUGAAACCACUUUUUAGGCUGGAUUUGAAAGCAUGUAUUGCCUUCCUCAAGAACGUGAUCGCAACAUGUUGUCAGGUAUUCCCAGUGAACGGCCUUACUGUUUCCAAAUAUUUGAAGCUCAGUCAGGACGGCUUGGCAGACCUGGAGUCUGUCAAGAAAGAAGUUCUUCGUGUAUUGGCCCACUUGGAAUCAUCCAACCACGAAAAGCUUCUUCACUCUGUGAAGCUUAUCUCUUCAUCUUUUGUAAAGGGAGACAAGCAACUAGAAGGAGAACUAGAUCAUGUCAUUUUCGAAAGGUUACUUGGUGUGGGCCUCUUCCCUGUUGCCACAGAGUUCUACAACAACAAUGCAUCUCUCUCGGUGAACCAAGCAUUCGAUGUCGUACUUAAGAAAUUCAGGCAUGAGUUUGAUGAAGCUAAUAGCUUGGACGAGCGCAUUGGCCAUCUUAAACAGGCUCACGAGUGUAUAACCCUCUUGAGUACGCUUUCAUCUAGCCAAGAGUUAGACGAAACGUAUAAAGGACAAGUUGUGAAACUCAAGCAUUUGCUCAAAGCACUCAACAGUUUGAAGAACUUCAAGCUCUCGCUUGAUGGUAAGAGCUCUGCAAGGCCUCUGGCUCUCCUUAGCAAAAUCACUAGAACGGAUGAAAAUGAGCAUUUCACGCCUUUCUCAAUCGUCUCCCUAGUGUUGGAACAGAAUCCGAAGUCUUAUCAUGCCUAUGAAAAGCUUUACCGUAUCGUCAACGACUUGGCCAUCUACUUGGGGAUCGCCUUAUCGCAUGUCCCAUUUGCUAGGAUUCAAUCCGCUUGCAUCGAGUCUGCAUUGAUUGACAACAACUUUGACUUUGCCUACAAACAUUCAAAGAUCCUCUUUGACCACUACGCUUCCGAUAACACGCUCAACCUAAGCGAAUACUGGCUCACGUUCUACCAAACUGCCAAGUUCGUUUCUCCUGAAUGGUUCAACGACGAUGAUAUCAUGAUAGAAAAGAAGAAGCUUGAAAUCUACCUCAAGCAGAGAGAGCUUCUAUUCCUCACACUCAAGCUCUCCAAGCCAACCAGUUCUACAGUUGACAACAGUCGACUUAUCUUGAACCAGCUCAAGCAAAAAGAAAAAGACAUUGAUGUCAUAUUUGACCACCUUGAGCAGUACAGUGAGCAGACGAGCCAAAUGCAGAUAGAGCCUCUGGUUCUUCAGAUCCCUGAGAACGCAGGCAGAUUAUUGAACGAAGCCUCCAAGACCACCUCCCAUGCCAGCGACAAGCUCUCCAACUUGUUUGUUUCCGGCCUUGGUUGGGCCAUCGGCGCCAAAAGAGCGACGUUAAUAAAUAGAAUAGCAUACGUUUCUCCAUGA